GCGUUAAGUGCUACGGAAACUCAAAUAAUAUCGUACUGGAAUUAAGUUUGAAGCAAAAUGUUGAAAUCUAUUGGAUUUAAUGCAUUUAUAUUAUUAUAUCUAUUAACACUUUCAUAUUAUAAAUGCGCUGCGCAUCAGUCAGAGGAUUAUGAUUAUGAAGAUGAAGAUGAACUUAAUUAUCCUGGUGUAUAUUCACCUGAUGAUGAAUGCAACGAUGAUGACAAUAAUGGAGAUGGCGGAAAUAAUGGAAAUGGUGAAAACAAUGGAAAUGGAACUAAUCUAUAUUCAUUGUGCAGACAAUUUCGUGAUAUAAGAGAUUUAGUGCCUAUGAGUACUCUAAUUGCCAUUACAAGCAAGCAUUAUGCAUUGGACGCAAGAUUUCAACAUGCUAUGGAGUUUCGAGAUACAAAUAGAUUUAAGAUUUUAACAGAACAGAUAGAAGACAGUGAACCAUAUCAAAAUAUGUUAGCUGAAUUUGAAAAUGUUGGAGUGGAUACAAUUGACAUUUCAACCAUUCCUCGCAUUUUUAAUUGUUUGAUUUUGUCAAAAGAUCAGAUAUCCUCAAUGCAAUGGUCGGCACGUAGUAUAAUGCCAUUCAGUACUAAUAAUGCAAGUGAUAUAUUAAUUCAGCCACGUUCAUUACAAACUUAUACUACCGAUAUUAUGAAAGUUAUGUCACACCGAGAAGUGCGUCAACUGAUUGAAAGUAAAUUGGCCAAAUAUCCGCAGUUCGCCAGUUUCUAUAGAAUUAUGCGCAGUCCAGCCUUCAGGCGGAAAAUAAAUCGAGGAUUUAGUUCCAAGGAAAUAUCGAAGCCAUUACGAGAAUUAAAAAAAAAUUGCAUUGAUUUACGCCAGUUAACAAAGGAUAUGUUUAAAAUCUUAUCUUGGGGUCCUAGACAGUAAAUAAAUAUGUUAAUAUAUAUACAACAAUUUAUUGUAUAA